AUGUGCCGGUAUUUGACUGAGAUAACCACUACUACAGCUUCUGCAAAUGGUGCAAGCAAUCAUGUGGCACCCAAAAAACUCAGUCUCAGGAACCGACAGGAGGAGCAACGCAUGCAGAGCAUCAUUCUGGACUCUCUCACAGCCAUAGCUGUGGGCUAUGCCUUCUACAAAUACCCAGGCUAUUUCAAUCCAUGGGGACUGUCACUGGUCCAAUGGAUGUGUGGAUUUGUUGGCAUGAGAAGUGGCAUUUUCUCCCACGACAUUAUGAUGUCAAAGCUACUUGUGCAAGUUGUCUGGGGUGGGAAGGAAAAGCUCCUACCAACCCGCACCACAGGCAAACCAGUUCCAUAUGUGCCCCUGGAUACCAAAGCCGUCAUCUUCUUGGUCAUCAAUUGCUUUAAUGAGUAUGUGUUUCUUUCACGACUGACUCACUUUCUCUGGCAUUCACCAGAUGUCCCCUUACGAUGGGAAGAACUCAACAUGCUCAACUCUCUGGGGGCAUUGGUGGUCAUUCUUGUGGUUUUUGAUCUCAUUUUUGCUCCCAUUCAUCAUAUCCUACAUCUACCCUGGUUAUAUCCACUCAUUCACAAGCAUCAUCAUCGACAGCAUUUUCCUGUUCUUGGCUAUUGGGAUGCAGCAAGUGUUCAUGUCAUUGAACAAUUUAUGGGUUUGUCGGCAACAUGGGGAGCCAUCCUGGUAGCUACCCAUGGACCCACAGGAGCUCAUGGCAUUGCCCUUUUCCUAUUCUUCAACAUUCAUGCCGUACUGAACCUACUCAAUCAUUCACGCUACGAUGUGGAAUUUGAUAUCAUUCCCGGAAUCAUGACGUACAAAGCCGGCAAUCACGAAAUGCAUCACCGCAAAUUUACUGUCAACUAUGCCUCGUACAAUCAUUUGUACGAUCAUUUAAUGGGAACUUAUGCUCCCUAUGAGGGACCGUCUUCAGCAGCCGGUGUGGAGAAAAAGAAGGAAUCUUAA